ACGCUGGGUUUAAUAGCCAAAGAUCGGGCCCUUUCUUUUAUGCCUAACAGAAACACUUGACUCGUAGUUUUCCAAUCCAAGAAAGGAGGGAAAAGUGACGAUGAUUAUGAACAACGGAGUAGGAGUUUUAUUCAGUGCCUACUUCCUUGCGAAUAGCUUCGCAUCUCCUUGGUUCUGUUGGCCCGAAUAUCCUGCGUUUGCUUCCCUGGGAAAGGCGUGGAAUUUGGCUCUCCUUGCUAUAAUGAGGGAGAACUCCAUAAUUCGAAAGAACAAUUUCGAAAAGAAGCUUGAUGUGAAAUAUCGGAGAAGCUUUUAAUUGUCUAGACAGGUAGUUUUGGAUUUGAAAAUGGAUCGGUUAG